CAGCCCACUGUCAAAUAGAUUUUUCGCUCUUGGUCUUUGUUGCUUUCACCGGUUUUGUUCCUAAAACGACAAAAAACAAACAUUUUGUGGACUAUCGUUUUAAUAGUGUCACAACGAUGGAUGAAAGGCUGUAUGGAUCUUUGCCCAAUGCCCCUUCGGAAUAUCUCCAACAAUGGGUUCAGUCAGCUCAACAGCAUCUACAAGCCCUUCAGGCGCAGUAUCCACACAUGGCUAACGGCAAUGCUGCCUAUAUGAUGGAGGGACACAGAGAAGAGGGAGGCAUGCAGCCUCCUGUACAGAUGCCUGUACACCCAGAGGAUGCUGCCCAACAAGAGCCCGGUGCACCGCAAAAAGCACCUGCUAAAGGCAAGAGAGGAAGACCGGCAAACAAAGAACCCAAAGAACCUAAACCCCCUAAAGCCCCAAGAGCCAAACCUGGACCUAAACCCAAGAAAGCAAAGGAGGAUAAGGAGGCGCCGCCUGCUGAAGGACAGGAGAAGAUUGAUGGUACCUUCAAGAAGGUGAAGAGGAAAGUGGAUCGCUUUAAAGGCAUGUCUGAAGAGGAGGUCAUGAAGAAGACUCUACCAGACAUCCUCAUCCCUAACCUAGACUAUGUCAUUAUCGGAAUUAAUCCAGGGUUGAUGGCGGCUUAUAUCGGGAGAUGGUUUCCUGGUCCAGGAAAUCAUUUUUGGAAGUGUCUUUUCCUAUCCGGAUUCACAGAGAAGCUAUUAAAUCAUAUGGAUGAUGACAGUUUGCCUGAGAAAUAUGGCAUUGGCUUUACAAAUAUGGUGGCAAGAGCGACUCCAGGAAGCAAAGAUCUUUCGAGUAAGGAGCUUCGAGAGGGUGGGAAAAUCCUGGUGGAAAAAAUCAAGAAAUUCAAGCCGCUCAUAGCAGUUUUUAACGGAAAAUGUAUUUAUGAAAUGUUCUGUAGAGAAAUGUUUGGGAAAAAACCCAAAACUCUUGAGUUUGGUCUACAGCCUCACAAGAUCCCAGACUGUGACACGGCAUUGUAUCUGAUGCCCUCUUCCAGUGCCCGCUGUGCUCAGUUCCCACGUGCUCAGGACAAAGUGCAUUUUUACAUCAAGCUUAGAGAGCUUAGGGAUCAGCUGAAGGGUGUAGCCAGGAGCAAGGAAAUCGAGGAAGUGAACUAUACCUUCGAUCUCGGCCUGGCCAAAGAGGAUGCCAAGAGAAUUGCUGUCAAGGAAGAACAGUACGAUCCUGGUUAUGAGACGGCUUAUGGGGGAGCUUAUGGUGAAGCCGCACCUGACGUGGGUCAAAGCAAUGGAUUUUGUAACUUCUCGACGUCUGAGGAAACAGCGGAAGCUGCCGAGAAGGCACCUACGAAUCCCAACCCAGCUGGCCAAGUUCAAGAUGGUCAGUGGAUGAUGCAGUCCUUCGCUGAUCAGAUUCCAGACAUCGGAAACUCCUCUCAAGCCCAAACCUGGGGCGUAUGAGGACGGACCACGAUGAGGGACUUCAUGCGAAGCCAGUCGGAGGAGUUCCUGUGCUCUUCCGCAAACGCCGUGCCUCCUGUCAGCUCUCCAGAACCUAUCCAGGAGUUUUUAAGUGCACUGGUUUCCUUCUCCUGAUAGUCUGUUACAUUUUAAUGAGAUCAAUGUGGUAUGCCACAUUGUGUUAGGUGGGCGGGAUUUAUAAAAAGAUUUGAGGAAUCGCAGUGUCAUGCACAAGGAGAGUCCAAUGGCUGCUAUGCUCUGAAAAGACUUAACCUCACAACUUCAUGUGGAGGCCCUCAAGAUCUUGGAUAUAUUUAUCUAAGAGAGACUCUUGAAGAACUGUUUUUGCAAUGAAUUUGAAUUUGAAUAGAUCUUUUUAGGAAGUAGCAUUUCUAUUGAAUUGGAAUAUAUACUCAUCUUUUACAUUAAUGAUUUAGUGUUGGGAAGUCCAAUCUUACUCGCAGAGCAACUAUCCUGCUGAGUUUAGCUCCAACUGUAAUGAAAGACACCUAAAGUAGUUCAUCAAUGCCUUCAGGAUUACUUGAAAAGUAUAGUUAGGUGUGUGUUUGAUUGCGGUGGAAUCAUAGAUAUAUAUGUACAUAGAUGCCUCAUUAGUUGCUGUUAUACAUAAAAGUCAUUCUGUGUUUGGUGUUGUUGUGGAGACCCAAACACAGUAAUUGCUAAACUAACACAAUACAAGGCAUUAGCUAACACCGUAUACAGUCUCUAAACGGACAAACUGCUCUGCGUUUUUUCAGGCGAUGGAGUGUUGGCUACCGUAGCUUUACAAUGUGUUUUAAAAGGGAGGGGUGAGCUGUGGACUGAUCUGUUGGUUGCAAUUCACAGUCUCACUGCUUAAAGGCGGGGUCCAUGAUUUUUGAAAAACACUUUGGAAAAGGGACUUGGGUCGACUAUCAAAACACACUUGUAGCCAAUCAGCAGUAAGGGGCGUGUCUACUAACCUACAUCGUUGCCUGGGUUGCGUAUGUGUGGGGCGGGUCUAUCAAAUGAAGGUCCAGAUUCUAUUUGGGGUAGGGGCGUGUUUGUUUAGGUGAUUUCAAAUGUCAACAUUGUCUUUCCGAGAUCAUGGACCCUGCCUUUAAGAUGCCACUUAAAAUCUACAAAGUGUACCUUUAAGUUUUUACAACCAGAAGUUUUGGUGUGGAAAUGUGGAAUCUAUGUAUACAUAUCUAUGAUUGGUACUCUACAGGACAGACGCUGAAUUGGAGACCCCUGUUUUAGAGUUAUUAUUGUUACUUUCAGUAGUUUUAGUGUACAGUGAUUUACAGCACUGGUUUAUUGUAUUACUUUCAUGUGAUAUCAGGGACUGAUACUUGAUUUGCUCAUAAGGAGAGUUCAUUUCGUUUGGUAUUUUUAAACACAACAUACUACGUUGUUUUCUUGUGCAUUCAUAUUUGAAAAAUAACUACAUGGUCCUUUUAAAGCCUGAAUUUGAAACUAUGCCAAAUCCAGCAAAUUUUUAUUACUGCUUUUUAAAAGUGCAUAUGAAAAAUUUGUUGCAAUGGCAUAAAUGGAAACAAUGUUACAAUUAGUAAUGAUUGUACGUAACAAUAUUUCUUUAAAUGAUGAGGAAAUAUGUUAUCAAAGUUUAAAAUGUGAACCUAACCACCUCUUUAUCUUCUGCAGUACUGUAAGUCACAAUACUUUGUGACUGUUUAUACAUCUCAUGAACAUGCCAUAAAUUGAGGAUUUAUCCAAA